UACUUCAACUCGUAGAAUAUAUGAAAUUUGGAAAAAACAUGCUGAAGGCAUACCUUUGCGCAAACAGCAACUAAUACAUAGUGUUGUUUCUUCUGAAAUAAUAUCUGAAAAUAAUACUUCAGAUAGAAAGUCAAAGAAAAGAAAACCAGGAUCCAGUUCUAGAUCUGUUUGGGUAUCUGAUUCAGUAAAUAUUCCGAUAAAAAAAGUAGUUAAAAUGGAUGAUUUACAAGCUAGGCUUGCACAAAAUCGCAAAGAAAGAGAAGAAGCUAAACGUGAGAUGAAAAGAGUCUUAGAUUCCAACUAA